GUUGUAGGUGUGCCCACAGGAUGUCUUCUCUACAGUUGAUUGGUGGUUUGCGGCGGCUGCGUCCGCAUGGCAACGGUGAGCUGUGUACAGCAGAGCAGUGACCUUUCUGGAGAUACCAACACGCAGACACACACGUCCCCGUCCCCGUCCUCCGUCCUCCUCUCUGGAAACACUGCUACAUUUGAAGACUGCAGUCGGGUCGGAGCGGCUUUAAUGCGGCGUGUUGCUGGCGCAGACUGACAGGUGCAACAUCAAGUGAUUUAACAGAACCAGCUGUAAGCUGCCACCACGAAUCUGUAAUCAUGACGGCAGAGGAGACAAUCAGCAUCAAGGAGGCAGAGGUGAUCAAGGUGAUGCUGGACUUCCUGAACUCCAGGAAACUGCACAUCAGCAUGCUGGCCUUAGAGAAGGAGAGCGGCGUCAUUAAUGGACUCUACUCUGACGACAUGCUCUUCCUCAGGCAACUCAUUCUGGAUGGCCAGUGGGAGGAAGUGAUGCAGUUUAUUCAGCCUCUAGAAGGAAUGGAGAAGUUUGACAAGAAAAGGUUCCGCUACAUCAUUCUGAAGCAGAAGUUUCUCGAAGCUUUGUGUGUAAAUAACGCCAUGUCUGCUGCCGAAGACCCUCAGAGCCUGGAGCUCACCAUGCAGGAGGCAGUGAAGUGCCUCCACAAUCUGGAGGGGUUCUGCCCGACCAAGGAGGACUACAGCAAGCUGUGUCUCCUCCUCACCCUGCCACGCCUCACCCAUCACGCAGAGUUUAAAGACUGGAACCCAAGCACGGCACGUGUCCAUUGCUUUGAGGAAGCCUGCACUAUGGUGGCUGAGUUCAUCCCUGCGGACAGGAAGCUGAGCGAGGCAGGCUUUAGGGCGAGCGGGAACCGCCUCUUCCAACUGCUCAUCAAAGGGAUCCUUUACGAGUGUUGUGUCGAAUUCUGUCAGAGUAAAGCAACUGGUGAGGAGAUCACGGAGGGUGAGGUGUUGCUCGGCGUGGAUUUGCUUUGCGGGAACGGCUGUGACGAACUGGACUUAUCGCUGCUCUCCUGGCUUCAGAACCUCUCAUCAGGUGCCUUCUCCUGCGCCUUCGAACAAAAGACCCUCAACAUCCACGUGGACCGCCUGGUGAAGCCCAGCAGAGCCGGCCACGCCGACCUCCUCACCCCGUUAAUCAACCGCCUCUCCCCCUGCCCUACCUCACCUUUCCGCCAGAGGCCUCAUUCAGCGGACACGUACAUGUCCAGAUCCCUUAACCCGGCUUUGGACGGUCUGUCCCACGGUCUAGCCGCCCAAGACAAGAGAGGCAUGGAGGCAAACAUAAAGUCUGCCCUCAGUCGGAGCCUGGUAGAGAAUAAUGUGCAUCAGCAGGAUGAUUCACCUGAAAGGAAACACCCACAAGGGCUAGAUGGACCCAACACCACACGCACCCCCCUGACCCCUGGAAAAGAUGGUGGUCCGCCCUGCAGCACAGAAACAAAUGAGCGCCUUGACUCCACAGAGCACAUCCAGGAGUAUUACAGGCAGCGUCUCCGUGUGCAGCAGCAUCUGGAGCAGAAGCAGCAGCAGAGACAGCUUUACCAGCAGAUGCUGCUGGAGGGAGGGGUGAAGCCGCAGGACGGAGCCCAAAACAACCUCACUGAGACCUUCCUCAGCAAAUCCAUCCAGAAAUUGGAGGAGAUGAAUGUGGGCAUUGAUCACAGAGGAGAUGAGGUGAUGACACAUCUGGGCCAACAGUGGAAAGGACUGACAGGGAACACCAGCACUUCAAGCCCCAAAACCACCGCAACACACCACACCCCAGACACUGGGCCGCCAGGGGACAAGCCAGGUGGGGGGGUCAGCAGCACCCCGUUAAAGACAGGGAGCCAUGGCUUGCCUUCCCUCAGCGAAUCCCCAGUUCCUACCAGUCAGAGUGCUGAGAGGAUCAGAGGGUCUUGUCCCACAGUCCAAGAUGAUUCUGUGACACGAAACUCACAAGAGCCAGGGAAGUCCAAAGCCCAGUUUGUAAAAGCAAACCAGCUUGAGGACACACAGGCAGUACGUGCGGUGGCCUUUCAUCCCUCUGGAGCGCUCUACGCUGUCGGCUCCAACUCGAAAACACUGAGAGUCUGUGCCUACCCAGAAGCACUGAACACCAGUAGUUCUGGUGCAGUCAAGCAGCCAGCGGUGCGCUUCAGGAGGAACAAACACCACAAGGGUUCAAUCUACUGUGUAGCCUGGAGCCACUGUGGACAACUGUUGGCCACUGGCUCCAACGAUAAAUAUGUCAAAGUCCUGCCUUUCAAUGCAGACAGCUGCAAUGCCACAGGCCCAGACCUGGAGUUCAGCAUGCAUGAUGGUACCAUCAGGGACCUGGCCUUCAUGGAGGGCCCUGAGAGUGGAGGAUCCAUCUUGAUCAGUGCUGGUGCUGGAGACUGCAACAUCUACACUACAGACUGUCAGAGAGGACAGGGCCUUCAUGCCUUGAGUGGACACACUGGUCACAUUCUGACUCUGUACACAUGGGGAGGGUGGAUGAUUGCUUCUGGCUCCCAGGACAAGACGGUUCGAUUCUGGGACCUGCGAGUGCCCAGCUGUGUCCGGGUGGUGGGCACAACUCUGCAUGGCUCAGGAAGCGCGGUUGCUUCAGUGGCUGUGGAUCCCAGCGGCCGCCUGCUGGCCACAGGUCAGGAGGACAGCACCUGCAUGUUGUAUGACAUCAAAGGAGGCCGCAUAGUCCAGACAUACCGUCCCCACAGCAGUGACAUUCGCUCAGUGCGCUUCUCCCCUGGAGCCCAUCACCUGCUCACCGGCUCUUACGAUAACAAAAUCAUCAUCAGUGACCUUCAAGGUGACCUAACAAAGCCCCUCCCUCAGACUGUGGCAGGGGAGCACUGGGACAAGGUGAUCCAGUGUAGGUGGCACCCCCACGACCGGACCUUCCUGUCCUCUUCUGCAGAUCGAACUGUCGUCCUCUGGGCACCGGGCCCCUGAUCUGUUCACUAGAGUAACGCUGGUUAACAACAACAACAGCAGCAGCAGGAAGCACAAGAACACGGCGUCCACAUACAUCCCAACAUCGGAGCUGCUGCACGGAGUGUGCAUGUGUGUGUUUUUGUGCAUACACACCGUGAGCAUCAAGCUAUAGUUAACUGUAUGUAUGUGUGUGUUGUGCAUAUGUGUGUGUGUGUGUGUGUUUGAAUACUUCUGUCUAUGUCUUUGUGAGUGUGUGUGUGAAAGCAAACGCAGCACUCUGAUAUGUUUUUGUAUUUGGCUUUGCAGUGCGAGUGUAAUUAAAGUAAAACAAAUUAAAGGAGACUAAUCAGAACAUUUUACAAACGCCAUUUAAAGAGAAAACAUGGAAUCUUAGAGGUUCAGUAAAUGUUAAGGGUGUGUGUGUGUGUGUGUGUGUGUGUGUGUGUGUGUGUGUGUGUGUGUGGGUGUGUGUGGGUGUUUGUUCACUUAAUACCUUUCUGCUUUUGCUAGUAGAGCAUGAAGAUUAAACCUUUGGAGCCCACAAAGAAGUAGUCGGCAAAUAUGUAGUUACAAUAUAGAGAUGAGUGAUGAUGCCUGAGUUGAACGGCAUGAGUAGGUUCACUGCAAGCACACCUUCAUAUUGUUUUUCUUUCUCACGAUGCCAAACUACAUUUUAGUCGGCUAGAGUCGGAGCAUGGUACGUCAGAAAUGAAAGCACUGCUGUUUCUGUGGGAAACGGUGAGCUGGACUGUCGUGGAAAGAAGCCACAUUUGGUUAAGCAUAUCAUAAUGUGCCUUUUUGUAACAUUUGUAAAGAUUUUUGGACGAGUGGAUUUAUUGAGAGAUUUAUUUAUUUAUUUGCAGCUUAAUUUUUGGUAUUUUCUCAUAUGCCUCAACAUCUGUAAAUUCAUGUAAUCUCACUGUAAUGUAGAAAAUGAUCACCGAUUUGUGCACACUAUUGAAGAAGUGAGAGUAAUUACACAAAUGCUGGAAAUACAGUGUGUUAAGGUUUGGUCACAGUUCUUUUUUUUUCUUUUCUUUUUUUGUUAGUGUCUCACAGCCAAAAAUGGUCAUUAAACGUAUAAAUAAUAAUAAAUAAUAGAUAAAUUGCAACCUGGGAAUAACAUGUAAAGUAAAUGUUGGGUCUGAAGUUUUAGAAACUGUUUUUUGGGGAUUCAGGCAUAAGCACAUUUAAUGUGUAAGUUCUCUGUGGUGGUUGGUGAGUCAUUAAUAAGCAAGUAAGUAAGCAAGCAAGAAAGUAAAAACAAAGCUUUGUGUAAAGUGAGAUGUGUAGUUAUUGCCCUCAAAACAACCUAGAUAUUUAAAGUAAAAAGUAAGGAUUCAUGAGAACUAAUGAUCCUGUGAAAACAGACAGUCUCACAGUGACCAAAGAAAGGACAAGUUAAGACAAUGGUAACGAGGCACUUUAGGACGGGAAUGUUGACUGAACAAUGUGAAAUGACAAAUCUUAAAAUUUUACAAAUGAUCAUCUUGUGAUUGAUUUCAUGUUAUUUUCACUGCGGACCUAUGCAGAAACCUGAUUGACGUGAGAGAGAAGAGGGUGUUGAAGAGAAUAUAUGCCAUGGGUUAUUCUAUUAUGCAUCGCAUCUGUUUUAUCUGUGGCUCACAUUAUGGCAUAUCCAGUGUCAUUUGAAAUCAGUGUGGUUUGAAACAAUGUUUGUGCACAUAAAUGUGUAAUGACAGGACUGCCAUGGGGGCUAACAGGGUCAGACUGUUGGAUUGAUAAAAUAGUGGCUGUCUGAUACCACGUUGUUCUUGCUUUUUAAUAAAUAACUGUAUUUUUAACUGUGUUCUGUAAAUGCUGGAAUAAUGGAAUAAAGAUACAAAGUGCCAUCA